AACUCAGUCAUCAACCUACGGCAACCGUCAAGAUGGCCUUCCACAAGCUUGUCAAGAGCAGCGCUUACUACAGCCGCUACCAGACCAAGUACCGCCGUCGCCGUGAGGGAAAGACUGAUUACUACGCCCGUAAGCGUCUGAUCACCCAGGCCAAGAACAAGUACAACACCCCCAAGUACCGCCUGGUGGUCCGCUUCACCAACCGCGACAUCAUCACCCAGGUCGUCUACUCUGAGAUCUCCGGUGACAAGGUCCUCGCCGCCGCCUACUCCCACGAGCUCAAGGCCUAUGGCAUCAAGAACGGUCUGACCAACUGGGCUGCCGCCUACGCCACCGGUCUGCUCCUUGCCCGCCGUACCCUGAAGAAGCUCGGCCUUGACGAGCAGUUCGCCGGUGUUGAGGAGGCUGAUGGCGAGUACACCGUCACUGAGGCCGCCGAGACCGACGAUGGCACCCGCCGUCCCUUCAAGGUUUUCCUUGAUGUCGGUCUUGCCCGUACCUCCACCGGUGCCCGUGUCUUCGCUGCCAUGAAGGGUGCCUCCGACGGUGGUGUCUUCGUGCCCCACUCCGAGAGCCGCUUCCCCGGUUACGACCAGGAGGCUGAGGAGCUCGACGUCGACACCCUCCGCCAGUACAUCUACGGUGGCCACAUCGCCGAGUACAUGGAGGGCCUUGCCGACGAUGAUGAGGAGCGCUACAACAGCCAGUUCGGCAAGUACGUCGAGAACGGCGUUGAGGCUGGCGAGAUCGAGGAGCUCUACACCAACGCCCACGCCGCCAUCCGUGAGGACCCCUACAAGAAGGUUGAGGGUGCCGGUCCCAAGAAGACCAAGGAGGAGUGGAAGGCCGAGAGCAAGAAGAACCGUGCCUACAAGCUGUCCCACGCCGAGCGCAAGGCUCGCGUUGAGAACAAGAUCCGUGAGCUUGCUGCUUAAAUUGGCGUCUUGUCGUUCUUGUUGCAUAAUUGAGUGCGAUAGUCAACCAAAAAAAGUUCAACUUCUCACAAACCAAGUUUACAUAUACCAGGGGCAAUCUAUGGUGCCAAAAUGGCGUUUUUCUUCGAG